UGCGCCGGAAGUGCUGCGGGGACGCGUGCGCGCCGCCGUGGCCCCGGGGGUCGUUGAGGGAGCCGGAAAGGCUGUGCUGGGCGCCAUGCUGUCUCCCGAGGCGGAGCGAGUGCUGCGGUACCUGGUGGAGGUGGAGGAGCUCGCAGAGGAGGUGCUAGCGGAUAAACGGCAGAUCGUGGACCUAGACACCAAGAGGAAUCAGAACCGAGAGGGUCUACGGGCCCUGCAGAAAGAGCUCAGCGACUCUGAGGACGUGAUGGUUUGUUUCGGAAGCAUGUUUAUCAAGAUGCCGCACCCUCAGACCAAGGAGAUGAUUGAGAAAGAUCAGGAUCAUCUGGAUAAAGAAAUUGACAGACUGAGGAAACAGCUUAAAGUGAAGGUCAGCCGCCUCCUGGAGGCCCAAGGCAAACCAGAGCUGAAGGGCUUUAACCUGAACCCCCUCAACCAGGACGAACUUAAAGCUCUCAAGGUCAUCUUGAAAGGAUGAGGUGUGAGCACCGUGGUGGGGAAGCGCAGACCAGCACCCCCAAGUCAGAGGAGUCGGACAGGGGCAGCUGCACCCUGGAAGCAGCAG